AUGGGCGAUUUUUGCUUUUGCCCCUUGCACAAAUUGCAUUUUAAAUUACACCCUGGAUGUAUAUUGAUCGAGGAGAGAGAAUUCAAGAUUUACCUUGUCUUAGAGAAAAAACAUGUAGACAGAGUGGAUAUUUCUCACUGGUUAAUUAGCGCAUCUCUUAAGAAAGGGUUAUUACAAGCUGACAAAGAAUGGCUUAAUGGGGAUGCUGUCACCAUAAUCAUUGCUAGAAGUGAUACUAUUGCUCCUACCCUAUUCUUCGACUUCUACGAACUCUCUCGAUCUCCGGAACAGCAGGAAAUACUUCUCGCAGAAUUGAGGAACGUGGAUGUGUUUGACCACAAUAUGUUUCAACGUUGUGAACACCUGUCCGCGCUCAUCAACGAAACCGUGCGACUUCAUCCGCCAGUCCCAGCUAGUGGAUACCGUCAGUCUCCGCCGACUGGUAUAAUGAUCAAUCAGACCUACGUUCCCGGAAAUGUUACAAUCGUCGCGGCUCGGUAUUCUCUUGCCCGUCUCGAGUCUGCGUUUGAGUAUGCCGACCAAUUCGUUCUAGAACGCUGGACCACAAAGCCUCAUAUUGUUAAAGAUCCCAGGGGUUUUGCACCAUUCUCUCAGGGGCGCUUCAACUGUGUCGUCAAGACUCCUGCUAUGAGAGAAAUGCGCCUGGUGAUUGCUAUGAUAGUGAAAAGGUUCCAACGGCUCUUGACAGAUUUGAGAGAUCACUUCGCAAUAGCUUCUUCUCCCUAUCAGUAA